GACAAGCACAGUCAUCAACAGCAGCUCACAGACAGAGAUUCUGGGAGUCCCACAGAGAAAGCCAGAGCUGCUUUCAAGCUCACUGUCUCUCUCUCUCUCUCUCUCUCUCUGUCUGGGUCGCUCCCCUCACUCAGCUUCAAGCUAGGUUUCGUUGCGGAGCACAAUUAGCACAAGCGCAAGGAGUUCCCCCCCCCCUGGUGGCUUACAAUCAGGGGGCGGGGGGGAGGCUGGGUUGUUGGCUCGCGGAGCUUGGACAUGGACAUGAGCCGCGGAGGCUUCAAACAAGCAGCGUUGAAGUUUUCGUAGUCUCUUACACCGGCACUACAGGGAAUACCAGGCAUUCCGAUGAGCUGCAAAACCGUGAUGGGUGAGCACGGGAGCAGCUCCUCGUUGGCACCAUUGCUGGUGCACGCGGCAGUGGCUGCGGGCGCCAUCACCAUCGCAGCGGCCCUUAACCAUUACUGGUUCCGGGCGAGGUUGAAAGCUCGGCCUCGUGUGGUGGGCGUUAUUCCUGCGCGCUUCAAGUCGUCCCGUUUCGAAGGCAAACCUCUGGUGCAUAUCAUGGGCAAGCCCAUGAUUCAGAGGACGUGGGAGCAAGCGAUGAAGUGUACCUCACUACAAGCUAUUGUGGUGGCUACUGAUGACGAUAGAAUUGCCGACUGUUGUCGUGGAUUUGGCGCCGAUGUCGUCAUGACUUCGGAGAAUUGCCAAAACGGGACAGAGCGGUGCAACGAGGCACUAGAGAAACUCGCUGCAAAGUAUGACAUUGUGGUAAACAUCCAAGGCGACGAACCUCUCAUUGAGCCAGCUAUAAUCGAUGGCAUUGUCCUGGCAUUGCAGAUGUGCCCUGAUGCUGUAUAUAGCACUGCUGUAACUGGAUUGAAGCCAGAAGAUGCUAGCGACCCUAAUCGAGUAAAAUGUAUUGUGGAUAAAAACGGCUACGCCCUGUAUUUUUCUCGUGGCCUUCUUCCUUCCAACAAAAAAGGAAUCCCAAAUCCAGACUUUCCAUAUAUGCUGCAUCUUGGCGUGCAGUGUUACGAUGCAAAAUUUCUGAAAGUGUAUGCCAGCAUGCCACCGUCCCCAUUGCAAUUAGAGGAGGAUCUUGAGCAGCUCAAAGUUCUUGAGAAUGGAUUCAAACUGAAAGUGAUUAAGGUGGACCACGAAGCACAUGGGGUCGACACACCUGGUGACAUCGCCAAAGUUGAAGCCGUGAUGCGGGCUCAUCAUAUGGACUAAACCUGUUUUGUAGAUUAGGUGUGCAGUAGACAUUUAGAAGCACCGGAUUUAGAAUCUCUUUCUCAAAUGCAUUGAGUGAGAAACAAUCGAUCUACUUGUCUGGUAUCCUAUCAACUCGUGUUUCACUGUUCGUCGGCAAGUUAACAAACCUUAUUUCUGUCACUCUUUUCCGUUAAUUCUUGGUCUAACUAACUUUCAA